CGUGUGCUGUAGCAGGUAUCCACAAAUUGAUAUCCUCUCCUUUAGUUUUAAUAAUCUCUAGGUCCCCACACGCACCAUCGGCGAGUAAUUAACCUGAGAAUUGAAGUGCGCUUCCUCUCUCACACCACUACAAUCGAGCUAGCAUUUGGCUUAGAGCGAGUGCUUGCGAGUCGUGAUGGCCGAAGUGAUGGCGAGCGCGGCAACGGGCGUGAUGGGCUCCGUGAUCGGCAAGCUGACCGCCAUGCUCGGCGAGAAGUACCAGCUCGCCCGAGGCGCUGAGGAUGGGAUCCGCUUCCUGAAGGAGGAGCUGAGCACCAUGGACGCCGUGCUGCAGAAUCUCGCGGAGAAGGACGACGACCAGAUUGAUCCACUGGCCAAAGAUUGGAGAAGCAAGGUGCGUGAGCUAUCCUACGAUAUCGAAGAUUUCAUCGACCGUUUCAGGCUCAAUCACAGCCAUGGGGGUUCCAAGGCCAACUUCGUGCGCAAGGCUGUGCGGAAGGUGAAGAUCUUGUUGCAGGACCGGGGAUUGGCAGAGGAGAUCCAAAAACUCAAGAGCCUCGUGAUCGAGCAGAGCGAGCGGGCCAAACGCUACGACAUCCACGCCGCCUCACCUCAGCCAGUGCUCUUGGAUCUUCGAGCACCUGCACUCUUUGCAGAGGCGAGGGAUCUCGUGGGAAUUGAUGGUCCUCGCAAGGAGAUCAUCGAAUUGUUAACAUGUGAAGAGAUGCAGCACAAGGUGGUUUCCAUCUAUGGAACCGCUGGGCAGGGGAAGACCACUCUGGCCAUGGAGGUAUACCGCAAAAUCACUGAAGCAUUUGAUUGCCGGGCCUUCGUGUCUGUAUCUCAGACUCCAGAUAUUAAGAAACGCCUCAGUGAUAUAUUGUCUCAAAUAAGCAACAACCAGUUUGACGACCAGACCGAAAGGUGGGAGAUGGAGCAGCUCAUACGCAAUAUGAGAGACUACUUAAUUGACAAGAGGUACCUAAUCUUGAUUGAUGAUAUAUGGAGUGUAGCAGCAUGGGAGCUUAUAGAAUCUGCCUUACCUCGCAAUGACAAUGGAAGCAUAGUAAUUACUACGACACGCAGUAAAACUGUAGCCAAAUCAUGUUGUGCUGGUAUUGGUGCACAUAUGUACGAAGCGCAGCCACUUGGAGAUGACGACUCUCAGAGAUUAUUCUUUAAAAGACUAUUUUGCUCCCGUGAAGAUUGUCCUCAAGAUUUAAGGGAAGUAUCCAGUGAUAUUCUGAAGAAAUGUGGUGGCUUACCACUAGCCAUAAUCAGUAUAGCUGGUUUAUUAGCAAACAAAAGGCAAACGGUGGAAGUCUGGGUCAAUACAUUGAAGUCCAUUUCUGCUGCAGUUGACAAAGAUUCUCACAUUGAUAAAAUGAAAAGAAUAUUGCUGCUUAGUUACUUUGACCUUCCUCGCCAUCUAAAGAGCUGUUUGUUAUAUCUGAGUGUGUUUCCGGAGGACUAUUUGAUUAAUUGCAGAGAGUUGAUAGUGUUAUGGGUAGCCGAAGCACUGAUUCCUGGACAAGACAGAGAAAGUAUGGAGCAGCUUGGGAGAAGUUACUUGAAUGAUCUGAUCAACAGAAGCUUGGUCCAGCCUGCCAAGGUUGAAGUAGAUGGCUCAACAGUGAAAACUUGCAGAGUUCAUGAUGUCAUACUUGAGUUUAUUGUAUCAAAGGCUGUGGAGGACAACUUUGUUACUAUAUGGAAUCGUAAUGGAUUCUCUCAAAAUUAUACUUGUAACAAGAUCCGCCGUUUAUCCAUACAAGAAGACAUUUCUGGCCCAGUUGAAGAGAUGGUCAAGACAAUGAAACACGCACAUAUUCGAUCGAUUAAUAUUUUUGGCUGUAAUAAUUCAGGGCUGGUAAAGCACGCCUCCAAGUUUUUAAGUAACCAAGUCUUGCGAGUGCUGAAUAUAAGAGGUCUUCAGGUUGAUGGAGAAUGCUAUCUUGGACAGGUCAAAAGAAUCAGUCAAAUGAAGUAUUUUGGUAUUAUGGAUAUUAGGCCCGGGGGCUGCGAGCUCCCAGAAGAUUUAGAAACGCUGCAACAUCUAGAGACACUAAACUUUACUAGCACCAACUUUAGUAAACUACCGGCAAGUAUUAUCCAAUUGCAGAGAUUAGUGCGUCUUAAUGUGAGUUUUUUGAUGCAACUACCCGAUGGCAUUGGAAAUCUGCAGGCCCUGGAAGAGCUGUCAAUGAUCAAUUUGAGUUCUCAAUCUGUAAAGUUUAUCCAAGGGCUCAGCGAUCUGACCAAUUUGAAGGUACUUGCAAUUAUCUGGACGGACGCUACUGAAGUACGUGACGUAGAGAAAGAGAAAGCAUGUAUCUCCUCGCUCACCAAGCUGUUCACGAGACUUCGACAGCUACAUGUGUGGGAGUGGCCUGAUGCCACGCUUUCAUUCAUGUCAUUAUGCGUCGGUACUCCACCACCACUUCAGAGGCUUGUCCUUGGUAAUCAUUUAAGUGCCGUGCCCCAUCAAAUCAGCUCGCUACUCAAUUUGACCCACCUCCGCAUCGAACUUUGGGGUGAAGUAAGCAAGGAAGGAAUAAACAUCCUAGCAAGUUUACCCAUCCUAGUCUCUCUUACUGUUCGCUUAUUGCCUGGCAAAGAAGGAGAGUCAAGCAGUUUACCCAUCCUAGGCAUUUUCCACCCAAGGUAUGCAAUCAACAGUGAAGGGUUCCAGCGUUUGGUCAAAUUUACAGUCCGCUGUGCGCUUGAGACGGCGGUGGCGCUGGAAUUUGAGCCGGGAGCCAUGCCAAAGCUCCAAAGGCUCAAGCUGCUACUCCCGGCAUGGUGCCAGUUCAAGUAUGGGGACGGUGGCCUGGUCCUUGGGCUGCAGAAUCUGGCAGGCCUCAAAUAUGUCGAUCUCUGUACUAACUGCACAGCUGCUACUUCUGACGAAGUGGAUUCUUUGGAGGAUGACAUCAGAGGUGUAGCAGGAGUCCAUCAUAACCGUCCCAUAGUCCAGGUCAAAAGAACGCAUCAAGAUUGGAUGGCUCCACGGGUGCAGCCAUAACCUUGAAUUAAUGACGUGGAAAAGAAAUAUCACGACCAUGACCAUACCAGAAGAACCAUGACCAUGAAUGCAUGAUAUGGAAAAUAAAUAUCAGUAUGAGUAAUCAUCUGUUUGUCUGUUUCAGCCCCCCAGGGAGCAUAAACUGGUUGUCACAAUUGGUACCGCAGCUUUAGUUUCUAUUUUUUUGAUAAAGGGGUAGUCUAUUUCAUAUAGUAAAUGAAAGAGGCCCUAGCCUCCGUAUUCUUUGAUACAACCAUGUUUUGGAAAUAUUGCCUUACACAUCGCAAUGGCUGUAACCAAAAUUUUUUCUCCUAAGAUUAUUCUUGUGUCCAUUUAACCAUGUCUUGAACACUCAUUGGAUGGUGUAACUCAAAGGAAUCUUGAAUGUUCGCCAAAUAAACUUAGCAAGAUUCCAUCCGAA